AUAAAGUUGAGAACAAUAUCAUUGUGAAUUUGUGAAACUUUCCUCUUGUGAAAUUUCUAAGCUUUGAUGGGUUUCACUGUUGGGUUGGUAAGAAGUGUUUUCUCAAGAAGGUCUCAUGAAAACAAAAGUCCAAGAAUUCUAAACCAGCUUUGAAUUAUCUCAUGCUAACAGAUAAUGAGACGCAAUUCGGCCGAAAAUAGAAGAUGGAUAUCUGUGAAAUCAUACUUGUGUGGCAAUGAAUUCAAUUCAGUUCUUGCAGAGGAAGAUUCAGCAUCAGUUAAGAGCUCUGAAGUCACAGUUACACAAUCCAUACAAGAGGAUUUUUUGAAUGAUACCAAGAGUGAAGAAACUGUUGAGAAUGUGAAAGAUAAAAGGACAAAUUCAAACUCCAAAUCAUUGAAUGAAGAACAAGCAGCUAUUAUUAUUCAAUCAGCAUAUAGAAAUUUUCUGUUGAGGGUUAAAAAUGAAGAAAUCACAAAGUCAGAAAGUGAUGAAGAGAAGUUGAAUUUAGUAAGUGAAAGUCCAGAUAGAAAAUCUAUGGCCACAUCAAUUGAAGUUCAAACAGGGAACUCCAAUGAAGUUUUCUCAUUUGAAGGAGAAAAAAUGAGCAUUUACCACCGUAUUCAGCAUAGGAACAGAACUAGAGGAAUAAAGCAGCAAAAGGAAGAAUGGGAUGACAGCACUUUGAGUAGCAAUGUGUCAAAAAUGAGAAUGCAGAACAGAAUGGAGGCAACAACAAGGAGAGAAAGAGCAUUGGCUUAUGCUUUCUCACAACAGCUAAGAAUAUGUUCAAAGAGAAAAUUAGCAAAACACAACAACAUGGAACAAAAUAUGAGCUGGAGUUGGCUUGAAAGAUGGAUGGCAACUCGUCUUCAAGAAACCUCAUCAGUUGAAAGCCAUACAAUGAAACAAAAUGAAAAUUUUAACAGUGAUCACAAAUUCAGUAUAAAGACAAGAUUUUUAGAUGCUUCUGGUGAAGAAAAAGAGAGUUGUGGUUCAAAUGAAGUGCCACUUCAUUUUGAUAACUUUUCAAUGAUUUCACAUGAAGAUAAAGUUAGCUUCAAAUCACCAACAGCAAAGACUAACUUCAAAGCUAGGAGAAGUGUAUCAAGGAGGAAAACAGUUCCAAGUAAUCAAUUCCAUGAAGAACAUUUAAAGCUAAGUAUGAGAGAUGGUUCAAACAAUGUUAUCAAGGAUAUAAAGCAAAAACCAAAGCAAGAUGGAAGCAAGACAGAAAUUAGUCAAAUUACUAUUAGCACCCUCAAAACUUCUAAUGAGUGACUUCUUACAUGAAUCUUUAAAAUAAAGUCAACUAAUUAUGUGUGUCUAGUAUUAAGUAGGAAGCAGGACAAAAAUGACAUUUAGUACCAUCAGAGCUUCUCAUGAGUGACUUCAAAGUUCAUAUAUUAAAUAUUUGUGUCAAAUAAAUUCAACUUGUGUGUCUAAUGUUGAGAUGUUAGGGUUGAAUUUUCUCUUGUAGAUUGUUGAUUCCAUCACCCUAUUUGUAUAAUUUCUCUUCAGUACAGUACAUAAUAUCAAGUCAAUGGAAUAAGAUGUUGUUCUGAUUAUUUGCUUUUCA